UACUCUGCGCACGAGAUCGUGCGCUCUGUGUCCCGUAUACGACACACGCGUCUGUGAAAACGAAAGUGACUCGAUAAGUCCAGACUGUGCCCCAUUAUCAGUGAUUUCGUGAACUGCAGCAGUGACCGGUGCCGGCUGUGUUAUCCUGAAACAGUUUCUCCUAUACCCGCUGUGAGAACUCACCUGAAAAGGUUUUCAAGAUUCUGGUCACAUACAAAUAUAUGCCACCGAGAUAAUACUUCUGUCGCCGACUGAAAUUGGACUGUGACUAUGAAGAGGACCAGGUUGCUGCUGGCUAUUGCGACGCUCCUGUUACAGGAUGCAUUAUGCGAGCCUCCAGUGGAUUCCGCUUCGUUACCAUUAGAACAUCGAGCAGGUGGUGGUUAUGGACCGCCACUGCCUUCCGGACACACGGACGACCCUUGGCCACUCGCUACACCAGAUAGUCCAAAAAUUAAACAUCUACAAGUGCAAUGCGAGAAAACUCAUAUGCGAGUUAAUAUAGAAUUUGAUCGUCCAUUCUAUGGUAUGAUAUUUUCAAAGGGAUUCUACAGUGACCCACAUUGCAUGCAUCUCAAGCCAGGAACGGGACACCUUAGCGCAACAUUUGAAAUUUUCCUCAACAGUUGUGGAAUGUCUAGCUCAGCAAACCAUAACGUUGCCACUUACGGAAGCCCAACUCCAAGUGGAUCUUAUGUUGAGAACACAAUUAUUGUUCAAUACGACCCAUACGUACAAGAAGUAUGGGAUCAAGCACGAAAAUUACGAUGCACGUGGUACGAUUUCUAUGAAAAAGCAGUAACUUUCAGACCUUUUCAAGUGGACAUGCUCCAUGCAGUUACAGCAAACUUUCUCGGCGACAACUUGCAAUGCUGGAUGCAAAUUCAAGUGGGCAAAGGACCAUGGGCUUCAGAAGUAUCAGGCAUUGUGAAAAUAGGUCAAACUAUGACAAUGGUACUUGCUAUAAAAGACGAUGAAAAUAAAUUCGACAUGCUCGUCAGAAACUGUGUAGCUCAUGAUGGUAAACGAGCGCCUAUUCAACUUGUCGAUCAGUAUGGAUGUGUUGUGCGACCGAAAAUAAUGAGCAAAUUCCAAAAGAUAAAGAAUUUCGGUCCAUCGGCUUCAGUGGUAUCUUUUGCUUAUUUCCAAGCAUUCAAAUUCCCAGAUUCGAUGAAUGUUCAUUUCCAGUGCGUAAUUCAAGUAUGUAGAUAUAAUUGUCCCGAACCGAAAUGCGGUCUUGGUAAUGAAUACGGAGUUCCACUACUAGGUGGCAAUACUGUUAGUGCUGGAGUAUAUGGACCUCCUAAUUCUCCGCUUGCUGAGUAUGGCCCGCCGCCACAAUCACCUCAUGCUGAGUACGGCGUACCUCCGGCGUUCCCUGAUCCUCGACAUCCUGCAGAUGCCACAGGCUCAUUCUCCGAAAAACGCGAUGACGCAGUACCACCCCCACAGGCACAAGUAUCAUCAACACCUAAUGCACCGAGUCCGUCAUCACCGGCACCAGCACGCGAAGAUGAUGAGGUUAAUUUACCACCCCCACCACCGCCAGGUCGUCGUGGAGUUUACAAUACAGUCAAAAGGAAAGAUGAAGCUCAUGGUAACCUUGCAACAUUAGGUGGAAGACCUCGAUCCGUAGAAGAUUUACCUGAGAGUUUAGUCGGAAUUAGACGGCGGAGGGAAACAUCUACGCACACACGAAUUUAUAAGCGCGAUGCUCAAGAGAUGACAGAUGUGAAUACUAGUCGCACUAUUCAAGUUGUAGCACCGGGUGACGUUAACUUUGCACUAAAUAAUGCUGCAGCAAACGAGACCGUGGUCAUCCAGUCUCCAGCAAGUGAUCCGGAGACAAUAUGCAUGUCAGUGCCGUCGUUUGUGGCGGGGUUGGUCAUGUUAUUAUUAGUGCUAGUGGUGGCAUCCCUGGUUGCCGCGUUUCUUUUCGUGCGCGUACGAGCGCUCGACAGGAAGGGCACCCACGGGACUACCGCCUACUACGAAACGGAUUACGUGAAGCACACGAAUUAAUAGCGUGGAGUUCUGCGAGUGCGAGUGUGACGCGAGGACGUUCCAUAAACUCUUCUUGGAUCCAAAGAGCGUGCGCGCUUCGGCCCCGGCCGGACGGCCCGACGGCUCGACGCUGUCGCGGUUGCGAUCGAAGCUCGGUGACGUGUGACUUAUUUAUUUAGUAAUAUAGUGAGCGUGAUGUAUAUGUUCGACUGUUUUUGUAAAUUAUUUUAUUCGUGUGAAGAGCACUCUGUACUUAUUUAGUCUGUUGUAAUUUUGUAAAGAGUCGUAAGUAAGGAUGUAAUUAUAAGAAAGUUAUACUUAUACCAAUUAAAAAGUGU